GAAACUUGUGGAUGUGAUCUGCCUAUAACUAAAAGACCUGAAGAAGAUGUAUCUUUCAAGUUCUUACGAAGACAAUGACUGUUAAGACAAUGAUGGGUCAAGAAGACCAGUGGAAAACUCCCUAGAAGAGAGCCAUAGAAGAUGUACACUUCAGAAGAGAGCUGUAAUCAGAGAACUCAAAAAAGAAAAAUAUAUCAUGUAUGCCCUCAGAAGGGUAGAAAGAUUUUUAUUCAUGUGCAUAAGAUUACUCAACUAGACGAUCAGAUUUACCAGUGCCUUGAAUGCGAGCAAAGCUUCUGUGAAAACUUAGCUCUUAUUAUGUGUGAGAGAACCCAUACUGGGGAGAAACCUUAUAGAUGUGAUAUGUGUGAGAAAACCUUCAUCCAAAGCUCAGAACUUAUUUCACAUCAGAGGAUCCACACUUACGAGAAACCUUAUAAAUGUAGCAAAUGCGAGAAGAGCUUUUGGCACCACUUAGCCCUUUCAGGACACCAGAGAACCCAUGCAGGUAAAAAAUUCUAUACAUGUGACAUUUGUGACAAGAAUUUUGGUCAGAGCUCUGAUCUGCUUGUCCACCAGCGAAGCCAUACAGGCGAGAAACCUUAUCUAUGUAGUGAGUGUGACAAAUGCUUCAGUCGAAGUACAAACCUCAUAAGGCACCGAAGAACUCACACAGGUGAGAAACCAUUUAAGUGUCUGGAGUGUGAAAAGGCUUUUAGUGGGAAAUCAGACCUUAUUAGCCACCAGAGAACUCAUACUGGUGAAAGGCCCUACAAAUGUAAUAAGUGUGAAAAGAGUUACCGACACCGUUCAGCCUUCAUUGUACAUAAAAGAGUUCAUACUGGGGAGAAGCCCUAUAAGUGUGGUGCCUGUGAGAAAUGCUUUGGCCAGAAAUCAGACCUUAUCGUGCACCAGAGAGUCCAUACAGGUGAGAAGCCCUAUAAAUGUUUGGAAUGUAUGAGAAGUUUCACUCGGAGUGCCAACCUAAUCAGGCACCAGGCAACUCACACUCACACUUUUAAAUGCCUUGAGUAUGAGAAAAGUUUUGACUGUAACUCAGACCUUAUUGUACAUCAGAGAAUUCAUAUGGAAGAGAAACCACAUCAAUGGUCAGCCUGUGAGAGUGGCUUCAUCCUAGGCAUGGACUUUGUUGCCCAACAGAAAAGGAGAACGCAAACAGAGGAGCUACGUUAUAAAUACAGUGUAUGUGAUAAAAGUUUCCACCAGAACUCAGCACUUCUUCAGCACCAGACACUCCACAUUGCUGAAAAACAGUAUGUUUAUAAUGUGGGUGAGAAAGGUGUUGAGCUCAGCCCUCCCCAUGCUUCAGAAGCCUCACAAAUGUCUUGACCAGACAAGAAGUUAUAAUACCAUACAAAAAUGUACUUACAUGUCAGAGAACUCACUAAGAUGAAAAACCUUAGGCAGAUCUCCAUGGUAAAACAGACUUUCCUCAGAGCUCAGACCUCAGUGGAAACCAGAGAACCAGCAGUUGUAAGAAGUGUGAGAAAUAUUUUGCCCAGAGAGUUGCCCUAAGAGAACACCUUACUACUCUCCAGUGAGAAGCCUACGAAUUCCUUGAGUUUUGGGAAACCUUUGGUCUGAGCUCAAAUCUGAUCACUUAUGUACAGGUGUUAAACCUUAUAAUGCAGUGGAUAUGAGAGAGCUUUCUAGCUGUCUAAGAAUGCUCAGCCCUCCUUGUUCCAGGAGAAUUCAUACAGUAGAACACCUUUAAAUGCCCUCGUUGUCAGCAGUGCUUCAGGCAGUGUGUACGGCUCAUUGGACAUAGAAAACUCAAAAUUGUUAAGGAGUUCCAACAAGUGUGAGAAAAGCAUCCAACAGAACUCUGAUUUCUUACCCAUACUGUUGAAAAAUUCUGUGUUUGUCUUGAGUGUGGCAGAAGCAUCAGUUGGAGAAGCCUACUUGUAUUUUCA